AUGACGGUGGGUAAACUAUUGAUUGGUCUGCUUAUACCGUUAGUCGUUGCUACAACAUACGUCGAGAGCGCUGCCGCUAAUUCCGGCCUCACAAAACGCCAUGAAAAAUUCGUUCCAAUGGUAGCCUUUUCGUGUGGCUAUCGUAAUCAAUAUCUUGGAGAAGACGGCACCUGGAAAUCCGAUGAUCGACGAUAUGCCACAUGCUUCACUGGAAAGCUUGACAUUCUCAAAUACUGUAAAACGGCUUACCCAUCGCUUAACAUCACUAACAUCGUUGAAUACUCACAUGAAGUGAGCAUCGACAAAUGGUGCCGCGAAGAAGGAAACCCAUGCAAGUGGACCCAUAGUGUUCGACCUUACCAGUGCAUUGACGGAGAAUUCCACUCGGAAGCUCUUCAAGUUCCUCAUGACUGCCAGUUCUCUCAUGUGAACUCUCUCGAACAAUGCUACGACUAUCAACACUGGAAGAAUGAGGCUUCUAAACAGUGCGCUGCUAAGCGAAGCAAGGAUGACAAAUCCAUGAUUGUUCGUUCCUUCUCUGUUCUUGAGCCAUGCGCAUUGGACAUGUUCACUGGUGUUGAAUUCGUGUGCUGCCCCAACGAAGCUACUAAGGAAUCAAAGGAAGUCGGUUCGAUAGAAGAUGUCGAACUCAAUGAGGACGAUGAUGACGACGAUAUCACGGACUACUAUGAGGAGGAUGAUGAUGGGGAAAAGGACGAGGACGACGAAGCGCAGGAUCCAUACUUCAAGGCUGCUGAUUGGUCUCAUGAGCAUGACGACUUCAAAAAAGCCGAAGAACGUUUGGACGAACGUCAUCGCAAGAAAGUCGAUAAGGUUAUGAAAGAAUGGGGACAACUUGAAAGCCGAUAUGCUGCUAUGAAGAAGGACGACCCGAAAGGAGCUGACAAGUUCAAACUUAACAUGAGCAACCGCUUCCAAAAGACCGUUUCGUCACUUGAGGAGGAACACAAGAAAAUGAAAAAAGAAAUCGAGGCUGUUCAUGAAGAACGCGUACAAGCCCUUCUCAAUGAGAAGAAGAGAGAUGCUACUCAUAAUUAUCGUCAAGCGCUUGCUACUCACCUCAACAAGCCAAACAAACACAAUGUCUUGAACAACCUCAAAAUCUACAUCCGCUCCGAAGAGAAAGACCGCAUGCAUACUUUGAACAGAUACCGUCACUUGCUCAGAACCGACAAAGCUGAGGCUGCUGCUUUCAGGCCAACUGUUCUCCACAGACUUCGCUACAUCGAUCUUCGCAUCAAUGGCACUUUGGCUAUGCUUCACGAUUUCCCCGAUUUGCAGAAAUACGUCCGUCCGAUUGCUCUUGCUUAUUGGCAAGAUUAUCGUCGCGAAAAUACCCCAGAGCUUAGCGACAAAGAAAUUCUUGGAAUGAACUCUCUUGACCCCGAUGCGAAGAACAAGAAACUCGUGGACUUGUAUGCAGAGGCAUACUUAAAACUUCACCCAACCGACAUCCUUGACGUCAAGGCACCAUCCACCACGGUUGAUCCACUUUCGCCAAACGAGGUUGUUGACGUAAAGGUAUUACCAACUGAGUCGUCAGUAUCCGAAGAAGAUGAUGAUGAAUAUUACGAAGACGAAGAUGAUGAGCAGGUUCACAAAUCCGAAAAGGUCAAGGUGAUUGACAUCAAGCCAAAGGAGGAAAAGAAGAUCGUCGAUUCGCCAAAACUUGUUGAGACAUCCGUUCAGACAGAAGACGCCGAUGAUGACGAUGAUGACGAUGACGAUAGUUCAUCAUCCUCGUCUGACAGCGAGGAAGACCGUAACAUCAAGGAACUUCAUGUCGAUAUCGAGCCAAUCAUUGAGGACCCACCAUCAUUCUACCGCAAGGAAAAGUUGGUCCAAAACGAGAUAACUCGCACUGAGACUGUGAUGAGCUCCGCCAACGUCGUCUUCUUCGUCUUGUCUGUCAUAGUUUUCUCAAUCAUCUCACUCUUGAUAAUGGUGGCUCGUCGUCGCCGCGCCAUGCGUGGGUUUAUUGAAGUUGACGUGUACACUCCAGAAGAGCGUCAUGUCGCUGGAAUGCAGGUCAACGGAUACGAAAACCCGACUUAUUCCUUCUUCGAUAGCAAGGCAUAA